AUGUUGACAACCACAAAAAGAUCACCAGAGUAUAAGCCCCUCUCAAACACGAACGACGACCUAGAUGGAGAAGAGAAUCUUCGACCUCAUCUCAGAAAACCACUAAACACACAAUUUACAAUUGUACACAUUCUAUGCUUCGUCCUCUCUCUUAUAACCGCCUUUUCAACUGGAGUAUUGCUUACCAUCUACAUCUCCAAUCCAACCACAACGCACAGCGAUGAAUCCGGGUCUCUAGAAAAUGUGCAAAUAGCACCUCAGAUCCCCCUCCCGCAAGUAGCAGGUGAAUUCAUAUAUCCAUCUCCUUUCUCAAAAGAAGCCCCGCAAGAAGGGAACGUCUCAGAGCCAACAUGGGAUGCGUUAAUACCUAACGGCCUGGGCUACUUCAUUCCCUCAAGCACAAACACGUCGAAGCCAAAGGCCUCUGCUGUGGUAAUCCCCUCCGUCUUCCACCAACUCCAUUGCCUCUACCUCCUCCGGCGAGCCCACUACACCGCCACACCUGAAUCAGAGUUCCAACGCUUCGACUUAGGCAGAAAUCGCUCUGAGCAUGUAGCGCAUUGCUUUGAUUACCUUGCCCAGGCGAUUACAUGUUCGGCGGAUAGUACACUUGAGCCGGCAGUGGACAAAGAGCAUGGGUUUUUGGGAGCCGGUUUCGCGAGACGGUGCUGGGAUUUUGAAUACUUGAAGGAUGUUGUGGAGAGUAGGAGAGUGUUUAAUGCGAGUGGGUUUUUGGCUUGGGGGACUGGGAAAGAGGGAAAGGUUGAGUUGGGUUGA